CAGCCAGGAAGUAGCGCAGUGACCUGGAGCAGACGCCUUCAUCAACACAGUCACGUUUGUUUACGUUCAUGCUUCUUCUCUGAUCGACAGGUCGUUUGGGUUUCUCUAUUCUUAGGGACCCAGUGUCGAUCCGCAGCCGCAGCACUAACGUCCAGGUUGCCGUUGUGACAUUUUGGGAGCAUGGCGGACGGUCCAGAGGCUGAUGUCGACGACCCGCCCAGUAUCAUUUUCCCCCCGCUCAUCACCGUUUCUGAUCUACCCAGCGCCACAGCUGCAGGUCGUAACCUGAAGGAAUGGCUCCAGGAGCAGUUCUGCGGCAAACCUCUGGAGCAGGAUGACAUGCGGCUCCACAACGCGGCCUAUGUCGGAGAUCUGGACACCCUGAGGAACCUGCUGCAGGAAGACGGCUUCAGACGGCGUAUCAAUGAGAAGUCUGUGUGGUGUUGUGGCUGUUUGCCCUGCACCCCUCUGCGGAUUGCAGCCACAGCAGGACACGCAGCGUGCGUGGCCUAUCUGAUCGCUCAGGGAGCCGAAGUGGACCUAGUUGAUGUCAAAGGCCAAACCGCUCUGUACGUAGCUGUGGUUAAUGGUCACCUAGAUUGCGUACGGAUUCUUCUUGAAGCUGGAGCUGAUCCCAACGGGAGCCGCCACCACCGCAGCACCCCGCUGUACCAUGCUGCACGAGUGGGGAGGCUGGACAUACUGCAGGAGCUCAUCAGAUUCAAUGCUGAUGUUGACAUGGACCACCAGCUGGGUCCCCGGCUCCUGUUAAGUGCCCGUACCCUCAACACUCUAGUGGUCUGUCCUCUCUACAUAAGUGCUGCCUACCACCACCUUCACUGUUUCCGGCUGCUGCUCCAGGCCGGUGCGCAGCCCGACUUCAACUACACGGGGCCUGUCUGCCAUGAGGCUCUGACACGCGGUUUGGCUUCCUGCCUUCUGGAUGCAGUCCUACGACAUGGAUGUGAGGUGGCCUUCAUCCACCUGCUGCUGGACCAUGGAGCCAACCCAGCCCUCGUACCCUGGGAUGAGUCAGAGUUGGAGGCUCCAAACCGGAGGAAAGUUGAUCCAGAGGCACUCAGGGUCUUCCUGGAAGCAAAGAGAAACCCCCGUAGGCUGACACACUUGUGUCGCAUCCGGAUCCGCAGAGCGAUGGGCAAAAACCGUCUAAACCACAUACCUUCACUACCGCUUCCAGAACCUAUCAAGAAUUUCUUGCUUCACCAAAACUGACUGUCAUCCACCUACUGGUCGUGUAAAUUAUUUGUCUAACCUAGUCCUUAAAAGAAACCUCAGUCAGUCCCAAAGACACACUAUUCCAUAAACACUGUAAACCCAAUCUGUUAAUUCCUUAUUAUUUUAUAACAAUAAACAAUGAAUAAUAUUAUUUUCCAAAUAAUAUUUGUUUGGAAACCAUUCGUUAUGUAAAAAUCUUCCUACCACUGUAAUGAUUAUUUAAAAUGCUUCUUAACUUAUCGGAGAAGCCUUAGUUAUAUAUUGACUUGUGGAAACUGUGUGUAUUCUAAAUGUUUGCCUUGUGACCUCCCAGAUCGCCAGGAUGUUUUCUGGUAAUACUAAAAGUAGCACUUUUUAGCUUAACGACCAGAGUGAGCGGUUUGAAGCAACGAUUUAAACAAGCCAUCCACAGGCUGAGAGGAAUAUUGUCCAGAUGCAGCUCCUUGUAUUGUUCGCUUAUGUUUUACGUAAACCAGGCAGUGUGAUGGCAAACUGUGCAGCCACUCAGCAUUCUGAAAUUCAUAGUGUAGAUCCUCUUUGUUAGCCGUAUGCCUUAACUUUGAGUUUGGGAAACAUGGCUUCAAAGAUUGAUUAGACCAGAGUUACUAAAAAUAAUCCAGAUUACUAAAGUAUGAAAUUCCAGCUGAGCAAUUAAAGGAACUUGAUCCUAAUGGACACAAAUGUUUACAUUUGGAGCCGUACAUGUCAUCAUCAACAUAUGAAAGAAAGCUUUCUGGUUUUUUUUGGUUUUUUUUUGGUUUGUUUGGCUGGGGGAGGGGGAUUUCGUAUUGUUUAAACAAAUGUAAUGAAACUCCUUUUCUGUGAGACUGACAAUCAGUGAAAUUGUGAAUGAAAUCUAUUUGUGAUAAACAGAAUAAGUUUGUAUUCAUUAGUCAGAAAGCUGCCAUCUCUGGGAGUCUGUUGCACCUACUGUGUACUGUGCAGGUCUGUUGCACAGCAUAUUUUGUCCUCAAAACAUUAACAUUUAAAUGUUGACCAUGUUGAGUCAGUUUUGCUUUAUAUAUGUCAGCUUUAUUAGAAUGAGUAAAUGUAGUGUAAUUGUGUAUUUUCUCCUGUAUGUUGUUUUCAUUAUUUAAAACUGUACGGAGCGUGUGGUGAGUGGGUCAGACAGAUCCUUCAAAAUCAGCAUCAUUUCGCGUGGUUGCCGUUCUGUUAUCCAUCUUUCUUGAAUGAGCAUGAGAUAAUUAUAUCUACUCCUUUCCUCACAGUCCCCUCAAAGAUCAUUUUAUAGUCCAAAAUAACUUGAGUUUGAUUUAAUCCAGUGAGACAAAAAUCACCCCUCUGUCAAUAUCAUGGCAACACAGCGCAUUUAAGAUUUUGUUAAGGAAAAGCACAUAAUUAGCGUGUUCCACCAAAUCUGCUUUAGUUUAAAUCCUGGAGCACGGAGCAAUCAGCAGAUGCUGAUCUGAUCUAACUGGACACUUUAGAGCAGAGGUUCUCAAUCUUUUUUCAGGCAAAGGGCCCUUAGAAAUGAAAUGUAGCCCUCAAAAUCCUAAGUUUUUGGUGUUGUGUGUUGUUGCACACUACAUGCCCGUUUCCUCUCUCACGGCUGCAGCCUUGCAGUUUCUCACUGUUGUCUUUCAACUUGUGAUAUUUAAAGAAGUAUAAUUUUUAAUACAAAUGUGACAGCGUCCUCGAUGGGUUCGUUUAUUACUGACGUGAGGCUAAUAAAUGGUCCAGGAUAUCAUGAUGGUUGAGAAAACCGCAUUUUGGUGAAAACAUAAGAGGCCCAGUGGAAAAUGCACAGCCUGGGAAACCCUGGAUGAAAGCAGCAGGGAGCACAACAGCAGGGGGAGAUGCUAUCAAUC